AUGAAGAACAUCCAAAACACCUACCAGCUUACGGAUAAGGACCGCACCAUGCUUGUCAUGCCCCUCUUCCAUGUCCAUGGCCUUCUCUGUGGUCUUCUUGCGCCUCUGGCCUGCGGCGGCUCCAUGGUUGUUCCCAAUAAAUUCUCCGCCACCGACUUCUGGGCCGACUUCAUCACCCACAAGGCGAACUGGUACACUGCUGUGCCUACCAUUCACCAGAUCCUCCUUAAGAACCCGACGCCCAAUCCCCUCCCCGAAAUCCGCUUCAUCCGCUCCUGUUCGUCCCCGCUCUCGCCAACCGUCUUUGCCCAGCUUGAAGCUGCCUACAAGGCCCCCGUCCUCGAGGCCUACGCCAUGACCGAAGCUGCUCACCAGAUGACCUCCAACCCGCUCCCUCCCGCUAAGCGUAAGCCCGGCACUGUGGGUAUUGGCCAGGGCGUCGAGGUACGCAUUCUCGAUGACGAGGGUAACGAGCUGGAGCAAGGAAAGGAGGGCGAGAUCUGCAUCAAGGGCGAGAACGUUACCAAGGGUUAUCUCAACAACCCUAGUGCCAACGAAUCGUCGUUCACCAAGGGCGGCUUUUUCCGCACGGGUGAUCAGGGCAAGAAAGACGAAGAUGGAUAUAUCGUGAUCACUGGCCGCAUCAAGGAGCUCAUCAACAAGGGCGGCGAGAAGAUCAGCCCCAUCGAGCUCGACAACGUCCUCACCCGUCACCCCGCCGUUUCUGAGGCCGUCAGCUUCGCUAUCCCCGAUGAGAUGUACGGCCAGGAUAUCGGUGUCGCUGUUGUUCUCAAGCAGGGCCAGCAGUUGAAGCAGGACGACCUGAGGAACUGGGUCGCCGAGAAGCUGGCCAAGUUUAAAAUUCCCAAGAAGAUUUACUUCACUGAGACGAUGCCCAAGACGGCCACUGGUAAGAUUCAGCGCCGCAUCGUCGCGGAGAAGAUGCAGCUGCAGGAGCAGCCCAAGGCCAAGCUGUAA